CGCCGACCCAGCAGCGUCAAUCCCAUCGACUCCCCUCCACCAGACCGUGUGGUGUGAUAUAUUUGUCUGUCUUCGACCACUGCAAGAUAGACCUGAGUCGCAGCUAUGGCUGUUGGAAAGAACAAGCGCUUGUCGAAGGGCAAGAAGGGUAUCAAGAAGAGGACCGUUGAUCCUUUCUCCAGAAAGGAUGAGUACUCUGUGAAGGCGCCCUCCACUUUCCAGAUCAGAGAUGUCGGAAAGACUCUGGUGAACCGCACCAGUGGUCUCAAAAAUGCGAACGACUCGCUCAAGGGCCGGAUUUUCGAGGUUUCUCUUGCCGACUUGCAGAACGACGAAGACCAUGCCUUCCGUAAGGUCAAGCUUCGUGUGGACGAGAUCCAAGGAAAGAACUGUUUGACCAACUUCCACGGCCUCGACUUCACUACCGAUAAACUGCGAUCCCUCGUCCGCAAGUGGCAGUCGCUCAUCGAAGCCAACGUCACCGUGAAAACGACCGACGACUACCUCCUUCGUCUGUUUGCCAUUGCUUUCACCAAGAGGCGUCCCAACCAGAUCAAGAAGACCACAUACGCCCGCUCCUCUCAGAUCCGCGCCAUCCGGAAGAAGAUGACCGAGAUCAUGCAACGCGAGGCCGCCAGCUGCACUCUUUCUCAACUCACCACGAAGCUUAUCCCUGAGGUUAUCGGUCGCGAGAUUGAGAAGGCGACGCAAGGAAUCUAUCCUCUCCAGAAUGUCCACAUCCGCAAGGUUAAGCUUCUCAAGGCCCCUAAGUUCGACCUGGGCGCUUUGUUGAACCUACAUGGCGAAUCCACCACCGACGACAAGGGUCACAAGGUUGAGAGGGAGUUCAAGGAGCAGGUUCUUGAGAGCGUCUAGAUCUUCCGUUGCUCGCAGUGGAAGUGCAGAGUCCUCUAGAAUCAAAACUGUCGCUGCCUCUCGAUCGAAGACGGAAGGAGGAGGGGGAAUAUUCCAACUUAUGUCUCUGAUCAACGACAACGAGGUCGUUCAUGUUUCAAGGUAGGCGGUGUCGGUAAUUCAAAAAGACUAUGAAUUGAUUUCGUUAUGUGAAUGCAAAUAAAUAGAACUGGCUCAGUUGCAUAUUUCACCUGAUCUGGGUGACAAGUGCUGUAGUUUGAUCUAGUGUGAGCCCUACUACUGUGGACAUGUAUGUAUACUGCCUUGCAGAGCAUUAGUCUCCCUAUCUCUAACAGUACUCUGUACUGUCAUUUGGCAGUCUUUGUCAAGACAUAUUCACCUAUUAGUUAUCUCAUUAAGCUUGAUAUUAUCAAGUCACUAACUACAACAGUCACCCCAUCAACUCAACACACCCUACGUACACUCCACUCCUAGUAUCUAUUAUUGCUCGGCUGUACCCAUUAGGCCGAUGAGCUCAGAACUGUCGCUUGA